UGAACCUGGCUCAGCUGCUGAGAGACUCCAGGGAACGAGCCAAAAAGCUGACGGAGGAGGUGAAGGAGCUGGCGCAGAGGCUGACGGAGGCCCAGGGGGACAACAAGCUGCUAAGGAUGACCAUAACUCGACAGAGGCUCGGCGAUGAGGAGGUGGGGCCGCGACAUUUCCCCCCCCCAUGAACGUGAGGACCUUGUUCCCCAGCUGGAGAGAGCAGGGCUCCAGAUGGAGGAGAUGGAGCACAACAUGAAGGCUCUGACCGACGAGCUGCAGGACGUGAAGGCGGAGCGCGGCGUGUUCAGGGAGAAGACCUACCGCCUCAACGUGGAGCUCAACCACGUCCUGGGCAACCGUGAGGCACGCAUCAUUGAUGUGGAUGCCCUCUGCAUGGAGAACAGGUCAGUCCAUUGUGGGGUGCAAGUCAGUGGUCAUCCAGGACCAGGUGUUUGUCAUCGUGGCUCAGCUGUUUGGUGGCUCCCACAUCUACAAGUUUGAUGAGGACCAAAGCAGCUUCAGCAGGUUUCAGGACAUCGAGGUGUCCAAGAUCUCCAAGCCCAAUGACAUUGAGGCGUUCCAGGUGGGCUCUGACUGGUUCUUUGUGAUUGCUGACAGUUCAAAAGCAGGCCUGUCCACCCUCUACAAGUGGAACGAUAAGGGCUUUUAUUCCUACCAGUCGCUGCAUGAGUGGUACCGCGACACAGACGCAGAGUUCCUGGACUUGGAUGGGAAAGCGCACCUUAUCUUGGCGAGCCGCUCGCAGGUGCCUGUGAUCUACCAGUGGAGCCGGAGCAACCAGAAGUUUGUCCUGCAGGGAGAGAUCCCUCACAUGGAGGACGUUGUAGCUGUGAAGCACUUCCGGAUCAAGGAGGAACUCUACCUGGCUAUGACGCGCUAUAUUGGUGACUCCAAAAUCCUUCGUUGGGGUACCAAACAGUUUACAGAGAUCCAGGCCUUGCCCUCACGAGGCUCUAUGAUUGUCCAGCCUUUUUUUUUCAAAGAGCGUUACUACAUGGCUCUGGGAAGCGAUUACACCUUCUCGCAGAUCUACAUGUGGGAUGAUGAGAACAAACUAUUUGACCGCUUCAAGGACGUGUACAUCCAGGCACCGCGCUCCUUCACUGUGGUUUCCACCGACCGCAGGGACUUCAUCUUCACCUCCAGCUUCAAGGGAAACACGCAGAUCUUUGAGCACAUCAUGAUUGACUUGAGCUUGUGAGGGGCCUUGUCAUGGCCCCCGAAAGAUUGGUGGAGGGGGGAAAAAAGGACUAAAACACACUUUUUCAAUUUCAAUCCCUUCAUUUGUUUCCGUCCCAAGUAAAAGCUGGGUAAAGAUGUGUUUAGAAUUCUUAUAGUUUUCAAGCUUGAUGGCCUUGUCCAAAUAUCUGUUUCCAUGGUCUUUCAGACUUCAGAGACUGAGAGGGGGAGUCAAGAGGUGGACAAGUGUAAAAGGAGGCUGGUAUUCUCCUAAAAAUCCAGCUCACAUUCCUGAAGGUGGAAUACUUUCAUAUGAUUUGGAUCUAUUUUCAGUUUAAUAUCCCCUAUCCUAAUGGUUUUAUACCCUAACUAAUAUACAACAAGACCUAAGAGAAGUAUCAUAUUAUUUUCUUAUGUUCUCAUUAAGGGCAUGUAACAGGUGUGGUUGCUCCUCGUGUGCCACUUACCUCAUGCCCUCAUGUGGUGAUUGUUGCCUUAUCAGCUCUGGGGUUCUGUGUCCUGAUUGGCCCACAGUGCCUCCCUCUGGCCGUGAUGAAGUAUCACACCCCUUUGCUUUUUCCAAACAGGGAAUGUCUUGAAAGCACAAACCUUUAAUUAUCCUAGGUGAGACCCCAGCCCUUAGAGUGUAGUUGUUACGAGACGAAUAUUACUGUAGGUGCUAUAGAUUAUAUCGCGUACAGUAAAUAAGGAACCAGUGGUUUGUGAGGUGGAGAAAUAUUCAGGACUGGAUAUAGCUAAUGCCUUUUUAGACUAACAUGUGAAUGGAAUCAACUUUUAGACCAGAUUAACUAUAGUAGAAACUGAUAGAAGCUCUUUAAGUGUUUCAGGGAACAAAUCUACAUACAAAUAAAAAAAGCAACCCGAGUUGUUGUACUACUGACAUCAUUUAACUUUUUCUUUGUCAACUAAAACUUUAAAAGGCUCCUCACUGAAGAAGUGAUAGCUCACAUUUAUGAACAAAAUAAAAAGACAUCAUUUGUUUGUCUACAAAUGAAGGAAACAAUGUGUUAAUGUAAAUAUGUUCACUCUAGUUGAGAGGCUUUUUCCGUCUGUCAUUCUCUUCUUACUAAUACUGAAUGUUAACUUACAAGCUACAACAUGUACAUACAACAUGGACUGCAAUGCCACUACCUGUUUGUCACACAAAAACUGAACAGAACUUUGCACUUACUUUUAAAAAAAACUAAUAAAAAAACAUUACUGCAACUUGCAAGCGCAUGACAUUCAAAAAAGGGUGUUUGCUCAAUUAUUUUGAAAUAAACCUAACAAACUCAGAAGUCUACAAGUGCUUCUUCUCAUUAAGAGAAUGGUAUUGUAAUUUUAAAAAAGCAUACUGGAAUAUGCAAGCUUUAUAACAUGCGGGUUAUUUUGUAUGAUUUUGUUUUAAGCAUAUUGAAUGUUACUCAAAGUAUACUGUAAAUAUAAUCAGUUGGGUAUCAAAAUAAAUGUGUAAAAAAUAA